GGGACAUGAGCAGCUCUAUGAGAGACUGGCAGAGUGUCCAUCGUACCCACUUUGACCACAUUCGGUACUCCACCAUACCACUCAGCCCUCGUGAAGCCCAAUCUACCUAGGCGAGGUGGCUGUUGAUGUCGAAGGUGGCCGACGCGCUGCCUCUUCCUCUUUCCGCUCGGGCCGCACUGAGACUACACUUGUCCACCUCGCCUCACCCACCUCGCUCACACGACUGUGCCUACCGCUGCUCACUCCUACUCACAGACUCGAGCCAAGACAAGGCUCGAGGAAAGAGCUGCCUCGACUCCGCCUGAAAGUCAUACAAGCGUUGACUGGGCUUGAAGUCGCACCAACUAUUACUUCGGUGGUCAUUCUAUGACCUCGUUCUCCCGAAGACGACCCGCCUCUCCCUCUUCGUCUUCUUCGCUCUCUUCGCCUUCUCGAUCUCAUACACUGCCUCACAUAGAUACCAAGGCUGGACUCUACUCUACACCGACGAUCACUCUCAACGGCCUACCCAUCUCGGCCCCUUCUUCGGCCGCCUAUCCCCCAAAGCACUUUGGUCGAAGUCGACCUAGGACCCCACCAUACGCAGAGAGCGCCAGUAGCAGGUCCACGCCCUUCUCAUUCUCAUCGUACUUCACCUGGAUCAGAUCCAGCUCAAGUUCCACAAUGGCUUCGACUUCUUCCUCGUCGCCCCAGGCCUCCUCUUCGAAGAAUCUUCGCUCGCGCACCAUCCCUCCCUCUCCUCUCAAGCCAAGCCCUCACCAGCAACAAGCCACUUCCCAGCCCCUAUCUCAGUACAAGCCGAGCAAGCUACCUAGCAAGAGGAACAAUGCCCUAUACAGCCCAAACAACCAUAUGCCCUCGCCGAUUUUCCAGCCGAUCAAGUGGGUGAGAUGGCUCAAUUGGAGGAUCAACAUUUGGUUGCAAGCGAGCUUUGCCGGGGGAAUGUUGACUGAUUGGGAGAGCUUGAGUGUUGCAUUUGUCACCCUCCUACUAGUAAUCGUCCUGCUCUACGCCCUCUUCUUCCAAUUCCCGGCAACGGUCAGAGCACUACACAAGCGAGCCACUUACUACAUCUAUGGCAACUACGGCGCCGUGACAGGUGGGGCGGGCAAUGCUGGAUUGUCAUCGUCGAGCAGUGGAUUGGCGGGAGAUGGGAUUGUGGAUGGGGUUGCGGCUGAAAUGGCUGGAAUUUAUCAGGGCGUCGUAUGAGACGGUCUGCUGAUAGCGGGCGUUGUCUAAAUUCAACGGCAGUCUCAAGAAAGUCAGGCAGCCUUGGCAGGAGGGAGAGGACGAUACCCGUAGCGGCAAGAAGGUCUUGAAGAGGCCAAUCUCCACCCCUCUAGACAGACGAUGGAUGAUCCUCACUGGCCUCCUCAGUAGCGGUGAAGGGGGUGAAGAAAGCCCAGAUCAGAGUGCCGUCGUACGGUUCCAUUUGUGUCCAACCUUCGAUGACUCGCUGUUGCUGUCCAUUUGCAUAGAUCAGUAAUACCGUUGCUACAUUUA